AAUGGAAAUUCCGUCAAGCUGUCGCCACCCUUCUUUUUCUGGAACCCACAAUCUUUUUUGGGAAGUCUGGAGGGGCUCAGAAACAAAAUUGGGGAUGCUGUUCGAUUCGGAUGGAGAGUGGUUAUGUACUUGGAAUUGGAUGUAUGUCGGUAAAAGAGAUUCCCUCGAGUGCCCUGAUUAGGUCUGGAUGGUGGUGGGGCCCUAUGAUGUUGGAUGUGUGCGGUAUUGCGACUGUGACCUCGACGGUGCCUGUUGCUUCUGUUGUUCUACCCAACUUGUAUAUGUAUUUGUUCUGAGGUCAGUGGACG